AUGCCCACCACCACCAAACCAUCAAACGACAUCCCCAUAAAAUCAAUAGAAUUCGACCCACCACCCCCUUCACUCCUCACAACAGCGAUCCAAACCAUAAUAUUCAUAUUCAAACACUACAAAACCGGCAUCCUGCUCCUGAACCUCUUCGGCGCUUGGGCUAUCUACUUAGCAUCAACCAGUGCUUUGGACGUAUCGUUCUUCCCCUGCGAUCCUUGCGCGACCCCCUCUAUUUCAACAUACCUCCCGGAUGCCAUCGCGCAGAUAGCACACGCGCGCUGUGCCGGCGCACGAAGAUAUGAAGCAGAGCGUCGGCGCAAGAACGAGGCAUGGGACCGUAUGCUCGAUCUUUCCUACGAGGUAGAAAGUUGUGGUUCUCUCCACCAUGCUCCCUCGGAACAGAGGAGGAAAGGAGGGUUUAAUAUAACGCAUCUUACCACCCUUUACACAACCACGCAAACCUCUCUCGACCUUUUAGACUUAACCGAAACGACCGAACUGCUGCCUCUCAACCUGGGAAUUUUGUUAGAAACCACAAUCCCCUCAUACCUCACCUCCCUCCUCACCCUCCGAAAAGAAGUCCUCUGCGCCCUAGGCUCUGACCUCAUCCUCACCUUAAAGGAACUACAAAUCCACCACUCCCUCACCUCAUCCAAUUCCUCUUCAGCUAUGUACAAAUACGCACUCACUACCACCAGAGCCUUCCGCUCACAAUUCGAAGAAACGACAUCUCGAACCUCUACUUCCCUCGCGAAAAUGAUCUCCAAGCUCGCAGAAGGCGAAACUAUUCUCUCCGAGCUCGAAACACUACUCACGCUCAUCAGCGACGAAAUCUCCGCCUCACAAAGGCGAAGCAGCAGCGUAGGAGAAAAAGUCGCACAAUGGUACCUCGGGGACAGCGGUUCGUUGUCCGAGUGGCAGAAAUUGUACUUGCGUUGGGAGAAGGCGGAGUUGGUGGAAGCGGUGUUUGAGGUGAUGCACGAGUUGAAGUUUGCGAGGGAGGCGUUUGAGGAUUUUAGGGUGCGGGAGGGGAAGGGGAAGGAGGGGGGGUGUGGGGAGGUGGUGGAUUAUGAGGGAUGGGUGGGGGAGGUGAGGUGGUUGAUUUGGGCGGUUAGGGAGCAGGAGAAUGAGAUUAUUGAUGUGAUGGCGGGGUUUGAGGGGGGUGAGAGGAGAAAGGUUGUGAAGAGUGCUAGGUGGCCUGAGGGGUAA